CGAGAUGGAGAGAGGGGUGGAGGUUACUCGCACCGAAUCAGGCCGCCGGUGAGUGUCGUAUGGUGGAGGUCGCCCGGGAGCGCGCGCACGGAUUAAAGCUGCGAUCGUCGUUGGUGCCGGUGAGCGUGACGCGCGGAGGCGCACCGGUCGACCGGAGUCACGUUGGUUCGGAGCCGGUGACAGCGGAGGGAUCACCGAGUUGAGAUGCUGUGAGGAGCUGGCGGUGUGCGCGCAGAGGAUGCUGCCGUCUCGCACUUGUUCUUGUGCGAUAACUUUGGACUGAAAAAUAACGCCAAUGGAUGUAUUCAUCUGAACUGCAAUAAGAGCAACAAAAAGCUCAAGCGGACGCGGUUUUUGGGGGGAAGGUGGAGAGAUUUGCGCGGAGGGGAGCGGAACAAAGCGCGCAAGGCUGUGCGAUCCAACACCAAUCUGGGUAAACGAAUAUGACGGCCAAUUUUGACGUUGUCUUUUGUCUGCCGAUGUGUCCGUCGCUAAUAGAAUCAGAAACCUCGGGGGAGUUCUGGAGUGUAAUUUAAUUUUGAUAUUUCAUUUAAUUUUACAUCCUUGGAGAAACGGAGGGGGGUCUACUUCAGGUGGCGCAUCUAUCUCCCCGGCUGCGCGUAAUGGGAGAAAAGUUUCGGACCUUGCCGAGGAGACGCGCUCUCAGCAUCCCGCCGACCGCUCGCUGGUAAAUAACAUGUGAAUCCGCGGCAGACGGAAGUUUAGAAAGUGAAGAUUUCAACCAUUCAGUAUGACUUGAAACCGCCGUGGGGAUAUCGGAACGCGCAGCGAGCGAAUUAACGAUCCACGAGCCUCCCGUCUCGAUUUGCACGGAAACGCGGGGACGGACAUUGAUGAUCUGAAGAGGAUUUCUGCAGCAGAAAGCCCGAUCCCAGGAAGAUUGUAGAGGAAGAGCGAGAGAGAUUCCCCCCUCUACCCCCUCCACCCCCCCCACCUCACCCCCUGGAUGUCUAUGAUGUUGUGCCAGCUCGGGCACAGGUGUGUGAUGGAGGUGGUGCUGCUGACCAUCCUGUCCUGGGUGUCCGUGUGGGCGGAGGAGAAGAUCAUAUUUGACAGACACGCUGUCUACUGGAACAGCUCCAACCCCAAGUUCUGGCACGGGGAGUACAGGGUGGCAGUGAACAUCAACGACUAUCUGGACAUCUACUGCCCUUACUACGAGGGUCCCCCGUCCCACGGGCGCAUGGAGCGCUACAUCCUGUUCAUGGUCAACCACGAGGGCUACACCUCCUGCCAGCACCGGAUGCGCGGCUUCAAGCGCUGGGAGUGCAACCGCCCCAGCGGUCCCGACGGACCCCUGCGCUUCUCGGAGAAGUUCCAGCUCUUCACUCCCUUCUCUUUGGGCUUUGAGUUCAGGCCCGGACAAGAGUACUACUACAUCUCGUCUCCCCACCCAAACCACGUGGGGCGAGCGUGUCUAAAGCUGAAGGUGUAUGUCAGACCUCCAGAUGGGUCGGGAUACGACUCCCCAGAGCCCUUCCUGACUGCUGGAGGUCCGUGCCUGAGGCCGGCGUCCAUGGUCCUGCUUGCUGCUCUGACCUCACUUCUGCUGGGACUCUUCUCCUGGCUGUGAACCCUCUCCCCCCCCACCCCCACGCUCCCCCUCCUCCCUCCCUCCUGGAGCUCCCACCCAGGGUCGCUUGGCUGGGCUUGGCUGUCCCUCUAAAUCCACCACCCCCCCUCAGAGAAGCCUUCUGUCUCCGUCAACCCCCCCCCCCUCCCUCUCCUCGCUGCCCACCUCCACCUCGAUACAACCCCCCCUCCCCCACUGCCAGCCCUCUCCAUGGCCCAGCAACGGACACUGCUCCCCGGACUGGCUUAGAGGGUCGGGUCUUGACCUGUCUGGGAAGCUGCGCUCCGUCUCAGCUGAUGCAGCUGAAAAACACAAGGGAACUGUCUCUGCACUCAUAUCAGGGGGGUCCUUUUGAUUUGUCUAUUGACUGUUGGCCACUGAUGGGGUAGAAGUAGCCGCGGCUAUGAUUAAACUUGUCGUUCCGGUGCAGUUGCUAUCACCCAAUCACGGCGGGAUGCAUUAAGCGAUAGGCCUGGAUGCACAAAAAUUGGAUUUUUCCUCACAUUGCUAUCCCAUCGUCGAACGAAGAAUUGGAAGUGGCCAAGCUUGCAUUGGAAUUGGAAUUCCAUACUACCCGGACCGGUUCCAACUGCAAUAGAAAGAAGAGCAAAACGUAGAGAAGGAGCGGAGAAGAGUGACCCGGCCGCUGCAGGAAAGAAAAGGAAAACAAUGCGGGCAAAGAUUUUUUUUUAAAUCCGACCGUAUGGGAAAUGUAAUGUUGUGUUGAUAUUUUCAGACACGGUGUAGAUUCACGGAAAUAUGAAAUAAAAAUCCAUCAAUUAGAUUUUUUCUUUCUAUGAGAAGUUAAGAUUUCAUCCCAUUCUAAAGACAAGUAUAAUCAUGGCUGUGUCAGUGGGAGGGUCGGGGGUUGUUCCGGGUGGGUUUGGGGUGAGGUGUAUAUUUCCGGGUGGGAUGUUUUCUGUCUUAUUCGUGUUUCUAAACAAAGCAUUUAUCACAGCCUGGCCAGCACAGGCGUCUUCAGCACCGUCUAGUGUCGACCGGGUCGGGUGACUUUUGGAACCAUGACUUUCUCAUGUAUGAAUGUACCACUGGUCACCCACCUCUUAGUCUUUCUGUAUUAUUAUGACUGUGGUCACGUACGGUACCUUCUCUAGGACUGGCUAGGUCGAACGGGUCGGGGGUUUGGAGGACCAACAGGGGACAGGUGACAAAAGGAGGCGACACUCAAGUUGCAUGACCACUGUGAAACCUUCAGAUCUAUCUUGUUUGUAACGAUGAUAUAUUUUUUCAUGGGGGAAAUCAGAAACACCCUGCUAGCGCUCUCUUGCUCGCCCUGAGUUUUUUUUUUUUUUUUUCAGACAUCAAAAGGAAAAAAAAUUCAGAACUUUCUUCUCACACUGUUUCUCCUGUCUGGCUACCGGCCGUUGAUGGAUUAGCUCGGGCCGGGAGAUAAAUGGACCCACAGGGUGAAACUGACUGGAAAUCAGCCCUCAGAGCCCAGGCCAGAUCGCAAUGGACAUAAAUACUGAAUGAAACUGGUCCUGGGUCUGAGAGUUAAACCAAUAAGGGAAGCACAUAGACUGUGGCAAAUGAGGCGAGGUGUGUGUGAGUGUGUGUGUGUCUGUGGUAGCAUCACAAAAACACACAUGCGCAUGCACACACACACACACACACACGCAUUAUUACAUGCACACGCACGCAGUGUUUGACAGCGGGACGGUUCCUCUGAGACUUUGGGAGCAUUCAUGGACACGACUAUAAAGGGAACAGCGCAAAGAGAGAGGGUGCAGAGGAUGGACAGAGAGUUUGUGUGAAUCAUGGGACCGGGACUUCUUUUGUUGGGAAGUGAACCUAAUGAGUAAGCACUGUGAACACACACAUACAUACACACGUGGCGACCAGUGUACAGAUACACGCACACACACAUAAAGACAUAUGUAUAAAAGCACACGCGGAUCAAGACAUUUACAAAGACAUGGCAUGUACAUACACUCAUGUACAGAGACACACAAACAUACACACACACUCAAGAAAACACAAACAAGGGGAAGCACUUCCUUCCCUGUUUCAUCUUAUUUUUGUAGCAUUUAAAAUCACUGUUAAUUACUCCUUUGUGGGAUGCAGUGAUGGGUCAUAGCCUGUGGAAGAUUUUAAAAAAUGUGUUUUCUCUUCUUCUAUUUCACUGAUGCUGUCCUUCUAUCGUUCUUCUUCUCUGGUUUGUGAUCCAUGGUUGGUAGUGGUAGGAUGCCUCCAGGUCUGAGCGUCAUGUAUGAGUUUGUUUCCUUUUCUGUUUGUGGUGUUUUGUUUUUUUGUGGGAGCUGACCUCAGUCAUUUAAGUCAGUCAAAAGUAAACACAAAAGUCAGAGCAAGGAGAGAAACACACAAAUAAAGAUUGUCUUUUUGUCUACUCGGGAAAAUAAAUGAGUGGAAUUUC